UUCUCUCCCUUGAUUAAACUGAAUGAGAGCAGCUGAGACUCUGCAUGUUGUGCAGACAGCAACACAAAUGUGAAGUGGAUGGCACUCAAAUGGCAGUAUGGCACUGAUUCAUUCUUAUUUUGAAAAUGACUUUCUUUCUACUGCCUCUGAACCGUUUAGCCGUGAACAUAGACCAGACUUUGCAUCAUAUUUCCUCAUAUGCCACAUUGCCCUUUCUCCUUGUUAUUUUCAGAAAUUCAAAUUAUUACAAGCUCUCUCCAUUUUUUUUCAUUCAUAGCACCACAUGUGUUUAGGGCCUGGAAUUCUUUCAACUCUUGUCCAACAUACCAGUACUUUCAUAUGUCCCACCUCUGCUCGCCGAUUGGCUAACACUGCAAUGGCCCCACCCACUGCUCUGAAUGUCAAAUUCUAUUUGAGAAGCCAGAAGGGACGGUUGGUCAGAGGCCCCCCCCCUGCACUCCUCUUAUUGGCUGAGCAGGAGAGCUGGAGGGUCAGACAACUGCCACAAGACGCAAUUGCACACAGAGAAGAUAAACAAAUAAAGUCAGAGAGCUGUUCCCUUAACUUUCCAUGUCGAUGUUCUCAUCUCUGGGGCAUCAACAGCACAGCAGCACACAGCAGGCUCAGGCGUGACUCCCAGACACGCUGACUCUUCUUCUCCUCUCUUCAUGGAUUAUGGCAAAGUAAUCAUGUGGCAGAUAGCUGAUCAGCUUCCCUGGAUUUCGCUGACGACACCCCUUUCUCGUUCCGCCGCGUGAAGAUGGAAACCCUGGAGUCGGAGCUGACCUGUCCAAUCUGUCUGGAACUCUUUGAGGACCCCCUGCUGCUGCCCUGCGCCCACAGCCUGUGCUUCAACUGUGCCCACCGCAUCCUGGUCUCCCACUGCAUGACCAACGAGUCCGUGGAGUCCAUCAGCGCUUUCCAGUGUCCCACCUGUCGGUAUGCCAUCACCCUCAGCCACAGAGGCCUAGAGGGACUCAAGCGCAACGUCACCCUUCAGAACAUUAUCGACCGAUUCCAGAAGGCCUCGCUGAGCGGGCCCAACUCUCCCAGCGAGACGCGGCGCGGCGUGCGCGCCACCACCUCCGACAUGACUUCGCCAGGCGAACGCGUGCAGUGCCAGUUCUGCGAGCAGGAUCCUCCGCAGGACGCGGUGAAGACCUGCGUCACCUGCGAGGUGUCGUACUGCGAGGACUGCCUCAAGGCGACGCACCCCAAUAAGAAGCCCUUUACCGGGCACCGGUUGAUCGAGCCACUGGCGGACUCGCACCACCUGCGCGGCCUCAUGUGUCUGGAGCAUGAGGACGAGAAGGUCAACAUGUACUGUGUCACGGACGAGCAGCUCAUCUGCUCCCUCUGCAAGCUGGUGGGACGACACCGGGACCACCAAGUGGCCGCGCUCAGUGAGCGCUUCGAGAAACUCAAGAAAGAGGCUGACCACUCUCCAAGUGAGGAGCAGGGGCAACAGGAGCAAACGGAGCAGCAAGCUCUUGACGUCAACCUCAGCAACUUGAUCAAGAGAAAUAAUGAGCUGGAGAAUCUCAUGGGCAAGCUGAUCCAGACCUGCCAACAUGUAGAGAUAAACGCAGCUCGUCAGGAAAGCAAGUUGCUUGAGGAAUGUGAUACACUGAUUGAUAUCGUACAACAGAGACGGCAGAUCAUCGGCUCCAAAAUAAAGGAAGGAAAGGUGGUUCGUCUGAGAAAGCUUACACAGCAGAUUGCAAAUUGCAAACAGUGCAUAGAGAGAUCAUCAUCACUCAUCACCCAAGCUGACCAGACCCUGAAGGAAUCAGACCCAGCUCGCUUCCUCCAGACUGCCAAAAGCAUCUCUGAUAGAGUCUCCAUGGCUACGGCAUCAUCUCAGAUCUUGAUACCAGAGAUAAACCUAACGGAUACAUUUGACACAUUCACAUUAGACUUCACCCGGGAAAAGAAAAUGCUGGAAACUCUGGAUUAUCUUACAGCUCCCAAUCCCCCUGUAAUCCGAGAGGAAUUAUGCACGGCAUCUUAUGACACGAUCACUGUCCACUGGACGUCCGACGACGAGUUCAGCGUCGUUUCCUACGAGCUGCAGCACGCCAUCUUUACAGGACAGGCCAACGUCGUUAGUCUGUGUAAUUCGGCAGACAGCUGGAUGAUCGUGCCCAACAUAAAGCAGAACCACUACACGGUGCAUGGGCUGCAGAGUGGCACGCGGUACGUCUUCCUGGUCAAGGCCAUCAACCAGGCCGGCAGCCGCUGCAGUGAGCCGGGCAAACUCAAGACCAACAGCCAGCCCUUCAAAUUGGACCCAAAGUCUGCUCACAGGAAACUGAAGGUGUCCCACGACAACUUGACGGUGGAGCGAGACGAGAGCUCCUCGAAGAAGAGCCACAGUCAGGAUCGCUUCAGCAGCCAAUCAAGUUACGGUGUCACGGCAAACGUCUACAUCGACAGCGGCCGCCACUACUGGGAGGCUCUCAUCGGUGGAAGCACAUGGUUUGCUAUUGGCAUUGCAUACAAAUCGGCUCCCAAGCAUGAAUGGAUUGGCAAGAACUCUGCUUCCUGGGUGCUGUCUCGGUGCAACAACACCUGGACGGCACGGCACAAUAGCAAAGAGAUGCCCAUAGAGCCCUCCCCACAUCUGCGCCGCCUGGGCGUGCUGCUGGACUACGACUCUGGGUACCUGUCCUUCUACGACGCUGUGGGAUCCCACCAUCUCUACACCUACGACAUCUCCUUCAUUCAGCCCGUGUGUCCCGUCUUCAACGUGUGGAAUAAGUGCUUGACUGUUCUCACGGGGCUUCCCAUUCCAGACCACCUGGAGAUCGCAGACUCUCAGGAUUGACAAUAAAUAAAUAAAUAAACAUCUGAACAUUUCCAGAAUCUCACUCACAGAAUGCUCUUGCACAAAAAAAGAACUAUUUCUCACUCGACCGUGGAGAAGACUAAUGUUCCUCCAGCUGUACAAAGUAGAAAUUGAAAAUAAAUAAACAAAGCCUUGAUUUUAAUUAUUGAGACCACCAUACUCAGAUGGUUCAUUAGUUUGAUUAGAGAACAUUAUUUAUUGAAAUGAAAAAAAAAAACAAGUAAUUGGACAUUAGAAGUUAUUUUCCGCUUUGGGCUUUGCACAUCUUUUGUGUUCAUGCAGUUUUAUUGAGCUCUCCAUGGAGGCAUUAUUUCCGUAGCUCUACUGAAGCAAGCUAAUGUGAAAUUGUACUGUUGUGACAAACCCAUUUUUGUUGAAUAAUUAUUGUCAACAUAUGUGAAUAUGCAGUGUACUAUAUGUACUACUUAGGCUAUUGUUCAUUUCGAAUUUAGAAGUGAAUGGUCAAAUAAUUGUUUGUAAUUUUAAUAAUCAGCUUACAAGUGGCAGUUUGUCAUUUGUUAGAAUUAUAUUUCAGAGGUACACAUACAAAUUCAAAUCCCUAAUACCACUUUUGGUCACAACGUGUUUAUAAAUUACACAUAAAUGGUUUCCACAUGUCUGUUCUGUAGGCCUACGGUACAUGUUGUACUGCAGCCAUUUCUUGAAAUGAAAAAUAUUGCACUAUAUUAAAAAAAACCCUGCUUUAAUAAUAAUGCAUUAUUGUGCUGACCGAAUGUGCAAUACCAUGUGGGAUAACAUUGUGCUUCAUGAUAUUUCCUACAGGCAGAUUUGUCCAGUUAUUGACUUUGGUGAUACAAGUGCAAAGCAAACACCUAUAUGUCAGCUUGACAAGAUUCCUUUUGACAUGUCCAUUUGCUCGGCUUUUGUGUUAUCGCUGGGGUCUCCUGGGUCUCUUUUCAACUGUGCGAGACCAAACAUGGCUGAACUCACACUGACCUUUCCUUCAGUUGGCCCUGAGACACAGAUCAGGAUGACGUGACCGGCGACGGCGUGCUAUGCUGUAGGUUGUCCUUGUGGUGCGGUGUCACAGACAUCUCUCUCCUGAGUCAGUGAACAUGUGCAGCGUCUUCCAUUCCUCCUUGUCAAGCUGCAUCUUGAAAAUAUGUUUGUAUCGUUGAUGUCAUAGCCAUAGCCUACUUAGUAGGCUAUACAGAGAUAUAUACUGCGUAUAGAGAUGGAGUCUGCACACUUCAAAUCCUUUU